AUGGCGGAUUUGAAACAGUGGACUAUAAACGAGCCAUAUUUGCAGCUGGACUGCGGGCUUGGAGAGGCUCCCUUCUACGAGAGUGCUACGCACACAUUACGCUUUGUCGAUAUCGUGAAGCAGAAGCUUCACUUCGUUGACCUCAACAAGGGCCCACAAUCGCAUAAGGUAUUGGCAGAUCUCGAACAUGCCAUUGGCACCACUGCCGACAUUGAAGGCUCCAACGAUGAGUUUAUUGCUGGCGCCAAGCAUGGAUUUGGAAUCUACAACCGCAAGUCUGGCGGUUUUCGCUAUAUCAAGCGCGUCUGGGAUGAGCGUGAUGGUGACGUCGCCAGCAAGGAAGAGCGUAUGCGGUUCAAUGACGGUGCUGUAGACAGCAGGGGCCGAUACUGGGCAGGUCAAAUGAACGACCCCAAAGUAAAGAAGCCCACCGACGAGGGAGUCCUUUUCCGUCUUGAUCCUGAUCUCACGUUACAUCGAAUGAUCAAAAAGGUGUCAAUCCCUAACGGCAUCGGUUGGUCUGCGGAUGACAAAACCAUGUACUUUACGGAUUCGCCCAGUGGAAACAUAUACGCAUAUGACUUCGACGCCGAGUCCGGAAGCAUCUCCAAUCGACGGGUCUUCUUCCAUGCCGAAGAUGGAAUUGAGCCCGACGGUUUUGCCAUUGAUGAGCACGGCUAUAUCUGGACAGCGCAAUUCGGCGGGGGUAAAGUUCUCCGCGUUUCACCGGAUGGCAAAGUUGUCGGUCAGGUCAAUGUCCCGACUCGGUGUCCAACCUGCCCAGGCUUUGUAGGAGACGAGCUGUUCAUCACCAGCGCUGCCGAGGAGGAGCCUGACAAAUAUCCUAACAGCGUGCGCUAUGCAGGUAGCCUGUUCCGUGUCAAGGUCGGCGUCAAAGGUCAGAAACCUCACUCGUUCAAGUAUCAAGCAAGCAGAUGA